AUGGAUGUAGAGAUUCAGGACACACCUGGAAAGAUAAGUAUUUCUAAAAGGUCCAUCCUUUCAGGAACUGUUGAGAAUAUAGAUUACCCACACUAUUGUGAUCUCUUAAGAAAAAUGAACAUGCCUUUUGUGAAAGGUCUUGAGAACAGACAUAACUAUGGCAGAUUUGAAAAGAAAUGCAACCCUGCUUUUCUUAAAUUUCACCCUUAUCCCCCUUCAGUUUUGCCAGACUAUCAUUUACAUUAUCCUUAUCCCCCACCAUAUGGGCCACAUUAUCCAUUAUUUCCACUUCGGGAUGAUGUGACCUUAGGUGAUUCUUGUUCAGGGUUUAUGAGUCCUGGUGGUGAUGCUGAUUUAAAUCCUGGCAUUGGCAGAACCAUACCAACCCUAGUGGAUUUUAGUGAUGUGAAACCUCAACAUCGAGUUCCCAGACCAGACACAGGAUUUCAAACAACAAUAAAAAGGCAAAAAAUUCUAUCAGAAGAACUCCAACAGAACAGGAAAUGGAAUUCCAGGGGAGUGCCGGACAUUUCUAUCAGAGCAAGACUUGGAGGUUGGACAAGCCCGCUGAAAGUUACUCCUUUACAACCUCAUCAUGAAGGACGCUCAAUAAGUCACAUAUUUACAUUCGAUGAGGAGGCAACAUGUGCAGAUGAAAGUGAACCACUUGUUAAAACAAACAAGAAAUGCAGUGCAAAGGACUCAUUUUACAAGUCCUCUACACAAAAAGCUUAUGAAGAUGUUCCUUGGGAUAAGAUGCUACCACCAAAACUUGUUCCAGAAGAAACAACAUUGGAAAAAGCCGCUGACCCCAUCUCACAGUGUUUUACUCUGAAAAGAUACAAAGGGUUGCCAGCAAUAACUCAGAUGGUUGGUGAGCUCUGGGACAGAUUUCAAACAAGAUCUUUCUUGGCACCAGUCAAACCAGUUAAUUUUGUGAGUUCAAGUUCUAGAAGUAAAUAUAUUCCUCUCUACACUGGUCAUGUGCAGUCUACAAAUGCUGAUGAUGUUGACAACCCGUUGGGAGACAUCGCAUCGCUAGCCAAGCCGCGGUGCUCUAAGCCUCUUUAUACAAACACAAGUCGUGCUGCAAAUAUUCCAGGAUAUACCGGCAAGGUUCAUUUCACAGCCACCCACCCAGUAAAUUCUAAUAUUCCAUCAACAACCCCAUCACCAGAUUCAGAACUGCACCGCGUCUUACAGAAAGAAAUGGCAGUUGACCUCUUCCGUCACCAGGCUCCCCUGUCUCGACUGGUCACAACUGUAAAACCCUACAACCCCUUCAACAAGAAGGACAAAGAAACCAUAGACUACUAAAGGAGGCUGCCCGGCGCGGGCUGUCCAGGCUUCUGCCUGGGGAAGCCCUGUGCGGAGGUGGGAAAUAAAGGCGACUUCUCCAGGCUGCGCAGUGUGGUGGGGUCCGUGCUAUUCUCCGCUGGCCUGCGCAUCCCUGCCCACCCCGCCUCUCUCCUCCGGUAGGCAGCGCUCAGCUGGACCCGGGGCGCCGGCCAGCCGCGGCUCAGUCUCCGAAGCCGCCGGCAGCAGGGGAACAGGGACUGUAUUGCAGAAGAUUCCUCUUUACGGUUGGAUUAUUGGGUCUAACUAGAGGUUUCACAUCGGACCACUUCAGUGCAGGGAUUCUACAGCAGAAAGCAGACCAUAGAUUUUAGAAUCUCAAAGUCAAACAUCCAUAUGCUGUCAGUGGGAACACUGAGCUGAGAAAGUGCGUUCUUCUUUUCUCGCAGGGGACAUCACACAAGGGGACAACAUCUACCCUCUCUUGGCCUGCUCCAGUGUUUCCUUCAGAGAGAAGCGUUCCCCAGGCCCCAUGAGGGUCCUGAGGUCUAAGUCAGGACCACUUUGGGUUAGAGUGUGGCCUGACCCGGCCUUGACCAAAGAGAGCACCAGCUCGCAGAGUCUCUCAGGGGUGCAUGUGGGCUGAGGGGGAGCCCUCUGGUCUU